AACAACCUGGUGCGGACAACGUAACGACGAAUGUCCAAGGUUACAAGGUCCCAGCACCAACUCCACUCUUGGAGCUCCUCCAUGCGACAUCUGCCAUGAACUGUGUACACACGGGGGACCGCGGAAAAGAAACUCCUGGAUGAUGGGGCCGAGUCCACCUCCGACCUCUCUUGCCUUUCCACUCUCUUCCCUCUGAUGAGAUAGCUUCCUCUUAUUCCCUACUUGAGCCAUUCAAUCCUUCCACCCGUCACUGUCUCCUGCGGGGUUCGGAAUCACCAGUGCGAUGGACAAUUGAUACCGCAUCAGUGAGAGACUGGAAGAACCGCGAGUGACGAAUAACAACUCUCGAAUAUGGGUGUGCACACAGACAAAUCCCCGUCCUUUUCUGAAGGGAAGGACAUGGAGUUGCAGGAACGAGACAGUGAGCGGGACGGUGGUUUCGAGGGCGAACAAGAAGAACGGCUUCUCGCAGGCGGGGAUCUCGAGGCGACCGGAGAUGUCACGUACAAAGUAGAAUGGCAUCUGCGAACAGGAUGGGCUGUCGCGGGGUCACUUCUCACAGCUGUCCUUGUCUUCUGUGCGUUGUCAUUCUUUACAAGGUUCUUCAUCGUUUCCAAACACCACGAACAGUCGGGCGACGAGACUCUGAAAGUCUCCGGCAUGGGAGGCUUCCGGAGACCAGCAAGUGAUUAUGUCCUGGACAAAGCUUGGAAUCUUGACGCUGCCAGCCAGGUCAGGGAAUAUAACUGGACGAUUGUCGACAUUGUGGCAAAUCCGGAUGGUGUCUUCAGACCCAUGAUCUCCAUCAAUGGCCAGUUCCCGGGCCCGCUGAUCGAGUGCAAUGAAGGAGAUACCCUUGUUAUCGAGGUGGAUAACCAGAGUGUCAAUGCCACAUCUCUGCAUUUCCACGGCAUAUUUCAGAAUGGCACGAACUUCAUGGAUGGGACUUCGGGAAUCACACAAUGCCCAAUUGCCCCGAAGAGGAAGUUUCGAUACGAAUUCACGGUCACUGGACAGUCAGGCACGUAUUAUUACCAUGGCCACCAAGCCGCACAAGCUUCAGACGGCCUAUAUGGACCUGUAGUGGUUCAUUCCAGAGACGAGAAGAAGUUACAGCAGAUUUCAUAUGCCACGGAUCGAGUUGUAAUGCUUCAGGACCAUUAUCAUGAUCUCAGCAGUGGCCUACUUGUGAGUGCCCUCGAGCCUGGUAGCGAGUCCUCUCCUAUACCAGACGGAGCUUUGAUCAAUGGGCUUAACCAGCGCGACUGCUCGGCCCUUCCUCAUCGGAUGUGCGAUAACUCGACAGCCGCUCUUCCCACCUUUGAUCUGGCAGCCAACGCCAACCAUCGUUUAAGAUUCAUCAACGUAGGAGCAUUCGCUUGGUUUCAAGUCAGUGUGGAUGAGCAUCAGUUUGCCAUUACGGAAGUAGAUGGGACAGAUACUGUUCCUGCUUAUGAGUCGAGUUUGAUGAUCAGUCCCGCUCAGCGAUACAGCAUGAUCUUAAAUACCAACCAAACCACUGCCGAUUCCUUCUGGCUUCGCGCAAGGAUGGUCACCCAUUGCUGGAAAGAGUCUCAACUACCUGGCGGGGGUGCUAAUGAGGUCAAAGCCAUUAUCCAGUAUACCUCUAGCGGUCAUGCCAGAUCUUCCACAACAAUAGCUCCUCAACCAACCUCCACGAAUACGAACCCGGAGUUCGCGGUCCAGUGCAAGGACAUGGACACGACGCGGUACGUUCCCGUGUCUCAUGAGCCCGCCCCUGCCGUUGCGGAUCAUAGCUAUUAUCUCCGUUCAAACCUCGAAAUUGGUGAUUGGCGGCUAGAGCGAGGGUUCUUCAAUCAAUCUACCUUCCGACCCAAUUUACAGCUCCCAACGCUUCACAGAACAGUGGAGGGGUUACGCAAACGAAACGAGAGCUUCACCUCCAUGAGUGACAGUGACGGCGUGAACGCAGUGGCCUACGAUCUGAAGAAUGAUUUUGUCAUCCAGCAUACCGGAGUGAAGGUUGUGGAUUUGAUCAUCCAGAACUUCGACGAAGGGAACCACCCAAUGCAUUUACACGGACACAAGUUCUGGGUCCUUGGCCAAGGUCACGGCAUGUUUCCCGGUUAUGAAUCCAUUGGAUUGAGAGCUGAGGGUCAAGGUGUUUUGGAGGACAAUCAAGGGGGAUUAGAUAAUCUGACUAGAAGGGACGUUGCUACUGCCGAGGGAUUUGGCUGGUUGGCAUUGAGAUUUGUGGCGGACAAUCCAGGAGUCUGGGCUUUCCAUUGCCAUAUGGCCUGGCAUUCUGAAGCGGGGCUGGUGAUGCAGUUCUUAAGUCGUGUAGAUGAGGUCGCGACGUGGGAGAUUCCCGAGGCAAACCUUCAGCUCUGCGAUGCUGGUUUGGAAGAAUUGGAAAAGGGAGCAGCGCCCCCUGACAGCACUUGGUAUGGCUUUGGGAUUGGAGGGUGAGAGUGGCAGUUUGCAUCCUACUCAUUCAGCUCGAUACAGGACACUGCCAAACCUGCCCGAGUCCAACUACUUUGCCCGGGCGAACAGCAUGAAAUGGGGAAUUCAGCUUGAUGUUUUGGACCUGUUUACCCUAAGGGGGAAGAUUAGACUGCCCGAAAGGGGGUCGCGAAUGUAGCAGCAAGAUUCAAUGACUGGAAUCUAGGGAGAGACUAGAGAUCAUAGUCUCUGGUGGAGACAAUUGGCAAGAUAAAUCAUCUUGGUCCAGAAUGAAGAGCUCUGGAGAAAAGAGGCUUUGCUUAUAGAUCUCUGAUAGGAUAGAAAGCACGAAAGGAAGCCGUGUUGGGAUAUAAAAAAUAAUAUGUAGCCAAAUAUAUCAAC